GGCACGCUGUUGUUGUAAGGCCGGUUGUGAAGGGAUAGCUUCUGGGAGUGGAGAUGGCCGUGGUAGCGGGGCUGGUCUCAGUCUGGCUGUAGUCUCCCCUCCUCAGCCUGCGCUUAUGGCGCUUAGUUUCAGGAGAGGCCGGACGGGCCCCUUUAAACAUAUAGCUCAUGGCCUGGUCCCUGCUGCUACCAUAGCUCCUAAACCUGCAGUUCCCCGCACCCCUCCCCCUCGUAGUCCAAACCCUUCUCCAGAAAGGCCCAGAUCUGCCCUAGCAGCAGCUAUUCUAGUGACAACUUUAACUGGGCGUACCAUUGCUAUUCCCCAGCCUCGUCAACGAUCACUUUCUGAAAGUGAUACCAGCUGUUUGGAACAAGAGUGUUUUAUUGAGCCGUAUGCCAUAGUCACUGAGCUCAAACUGGGGCCGAAUUGGAAGCAUGAUGAUAGUGAAAGAUCUCCUGUGCAGUCGCUGGAAGUGUCAGGCAAUCCUUGUAAAGAUGAGGACAUGGACACAUAUCUUUCAGAGACAGAAAAAGAGCCAGAGCACAACUAUCAGGGUACAGAGAAAAGAGAGGAAAGCUUCAGCAAUGAUGCUAUUUAUGCUGUUCCCUAUAAAAAUAAAAAGGUAAAGCUUCCAGUAUCUUCUAGUGUUGAUCUUGAUGAGAAUGAAAUUUCAUCCCAUGAAGCUGCAUUUCCGAUUUUAGUAGACCAGUCAGAUAUACAAGUGGAAGAAGAUGAACCGCCUGUUUUGAAUUUAAAGGAGCAAAAACUGGCAGUUGAAAAUCCACUAAGCGAAAAGCCUCCACCAUCCCCAGAUGUAUUUGUUCGGGCAAGACAAGGACGGAUGGAGACAACUAAAGAGAAGUUCCAAGAACUAAAACAAGAAAAUUGGUCUCUAAUCAAUGCAAAUCAGACUAUGGCCCUACAACUUGAGGAACUAAAACAACAAAUAAAGGAACUACAAUUAAAACUUAAGACACUGGAAAAAGAAAAUAAAAAAUGUAGAAAAGCUGCAGAGAGUUCACAUAAGGAAGAGGAAGUUGCAGAAUUGCUUUCACUGAGACAACAAGCUCAGGAACUGGUAGAUGAAAAUGAUGGUUUGAAAAUGACUGUCCAUCGUCUGAAUGUGGAAUUGAGUCGCUAUCAAACCAAAUUCAGGCCGUUGUCCCAAGAUGAGAAUAUAAAAAUUGGAGGUCUGCCAACGAAAGGGCCACCCCCUCCCUGGCUGCUGGAUAUGAAAUAUUUGUCACCUCUCCUACUGGCGUAUGAAGACAGAAUGCGAGAAAAGGAAGAUUUAAAUCUUGCACAUGAGGAGGACAUGAAGAAGUUUAGGAUACGAGUUGAAGAAUUGGUGAAGGAGAAUGAACAACUGCACCAGCAAUUAAAUAAAAAUAGUUCUGUUACCCUGAAGGAAUGGCAGCAGCUGCAAACUCAGGCAAAGCUGGUUUUGGAAGAAAAUGGUGUGUUGAUGGAGCAACUUGAAAUUCAGCAGGCUAAAGCAAAGGAGAGUUACAACCAACAUCUUCAGGAAGUUUCAAAAUUGACCAAACAGCUAAUGGUUUUGGAAGCUAAGAAACAGAGCCAGGAAGAGGAGAUAUCAGAGAACCAGAAGCAGCUGAAGUCUUUAUGCUACACGUGUGAAGAACUGAAAGCCAAUCUGAAUGGCAGAGUAACAGCAGAGGAGCAUGUUGCUUUGGUAAAUGCAUUAAGAAGUCAGUUGCAACAGGAACAGGAAAAGCAAAGUGCUGAGCUGGGAGAUCUAAUGGAAAGGCUAGCAUCAUUGCAAGCACAGAAAAAGAGCCUGCUCUUAGAGAAAAAUGACCUAGUUGCUGAAAACAAGAUCCUGGAAGCUGAGCUGAAAAUGGCACAAAAGACAAAUAGGAAAUCACAGAAGAAAAUAGGUCUUCUGAAACAGCAGUUGGGAGAAGCAAUGGAAAAGGAAGUGGCAGCUCAUCAGUACUUAGCAAAUCUUAUUAGCUUGGCAGAGAAUAUAAGUCAGGAACGUGACCAUCUUAUACAUUUGGCCAAAUGCUUGGAAAGUGAGAAGCAUGGAGUUCUGAACAAAAUAAUAGAAGGGAAUGUACGCUUAGGAAGAUUAGAAGAGAAGGUUCGGGUAUACAAAAAGAAAGCUGCUGGGAAGCUUGGAGACAUCAAUCUCAAAAUGACCGAGCAAGAGAAGGAAUUUGCUGGGAAGGCUUCUCAGUACCAGCGUGAAAUGAAGCACCUCCAGCGGCUGCUGCAAGACAAGCAAGAAACCCUUGAUGAAGUGCUGCAGCAGAAAAGAGAAGUGGAAGGUGAACUUGAAAUAGUUUGGGAAUCUACCUCCAAAGAGAACCGGAGAAUGAAAGAAUUCUUGCAUAAAUCUCUGGAGAAAAAUAACAUGUGGAGCACUGUCAGAGUUUAUGAAUCAUAUUUAGAUGAAAUCUCUCAGAAGGACUUUAUUUCUGGAUAUGAUUUUAGCUACUGUGAUGUGAAACCAUCAUCACCCACAAAAAAUCAAAGUAAACAGGAACCUCUGUGUUAAGGACAAAGGUGCCUCUACGUCUUGCACAGGAAAGGAUGAUCCCAAAGAAACAAAACAAGAAGAGCUCUACAUCUGAAUUAGACUCUCCUCAACCACAAAAUAUGUUCCAACAAAAAAUCAUUUAUGCUCUUUGAUACUGAUAUAUACGUUAACUUGAAUUGAUAACAACAGCAUAGUCUCACUCCGGUAGCGUUAUAUUUUUAGUAUAGAUUUUAAUAAUAUUGUUGAUGUCAUUUGAUAAAAGGCCAUUGCUAAUCCAGUAGAAAUGUAGUAUAGCACUAGUCAUGACUCUAAAGCCGGCAGUACUUAUCAAAUUAAAGGGAUAAAUAAUUGGAGAGCUUGGCAUUCUAAUUGCCAGACUCACAGAGCACAUAAAUCCUAGGGUUACUAUUUCCUGUUCACUUGUUUUGUAGCAGAGACUCUCCUAUACGGUAAAUAAUGCUUAUGUUUUUAUAUGGUUUAAUUGAAAUGCUAGUAGUUUCAUCUAUAAACAAUCCCAUACAGUUGUUUAAUUAUCCAAAAUGUGGAGAUUUAAUCAAACAAAAUACACAGAAAACAUCUGCAAUGUCUAAUCUUUAUUUCACUGUUUGUAAAGCACUUUAAUAUCCUUAGAUGCAAAGUGUUACUAUUAGGAUCGAUUGUCUUACAAGAUCUCUGCCUACUACCUGGAGAAAGAGAGAGGAAGUGCCAACUGCGUAGGGAAUUUGGGGACAAGGCAGGGGCAAAUUAGUGGCACCACAUCCCCUGCUACCUCAGACAUCCAAAUGGGAGUUAGUACUGCUUGAAUCCUUGACUGCUUAUAAAUAGCUAUAGAGGGACCCAGCCAACAGCAGCACGUUUCCUGAUGGAGUUGUGCUGCCAAGGGGAUGGAAAGUCAGAAGAGGCAUGGAGUCAUCCCCAGGAUCAGGCGGCUUUGCCCUCUGCAAAUUCAACAGCAUCUGAAACCACUUCCCCUUUAGGGGAAAAUUUGCAGGGAACCCCUCAAUUUUUUCCGCUCUAGCUAGACCCCUUCACAGAGUUCUUUGCAGCAGGGGGAAGUCUAUCCCAUUAGUAUGAUACAUUUAUUCUCAUAUUUCACAGCAAUUGCACAUUGUAGAAACCAAAGCUCAAAGUUGAUAUAAAAGUGAAGGGUUUUAUUUCACAAUUUAUUCAAGUAUGUUGGAUCUUUCUGCAAUUUUUUAGCUUGGUGCCUAAUUUUAUUACCCUAGCUAAAGAACUGACAACUGUUUGUGAAUUGAAAACAAAAAGGUGAAAACAAUACUUCUUAAAUGUGUAAAUCUACAACAUAUACAAUCUCUUAUUGCUUGUUGACAGGACCUAAGCAGCAAAAAUAAAAUUAGGGAAACAAAGGUCCCUUAAAAUGAACAUAAAAAAA